UAAAUUAAUUAAAAAGUCUUUGUUAAGUUGUUAAGUAAAUGAACAUAUAUAGUAAGGGUUAAACAAACUCACUUCCAGUCAUUUGUGAUUUUUAUCAAAGUGAACGAUAAGAGGUUACCUAUGUGUACAGAGUUCUACCUUGUAUAGAUUAUGUACAAAUAUGGUUCCCUUGAUGAUUUCGAUUUCCAUAUUGUGUUUCUCUGGAUCUUUCGCAAAUACAGAACAUGAGAAAUAUCUGGAGGCACGUCUUUCUCAAACAGAAGCAGAUUUAAGAGAACUACGAGAUGAUGUAAACCUUCUCAAACUUCAAAACACGGCUUUGCUAGAAGCCAUUGGAGCACAGAAUAAAGAAAAACGCCUUCUGCUGGGACCGACCUCAGUUCAUCAUCAGUACGUCACAUUCUACGCCAGACUAGGGAAGCCGUACACAACACUGAAUGAUCGAGAAACAAUCGUCUUUGAAAGCGUCGUCACAAACGCCGGACAAGGAUACGACGGAAACACGGGGAUAUUUGUCUGUCCUGUCAGCGGUUUCUAUCAGUUUGCUUCUACAAUCGUGUCAGACGGUGGAACUGAUAAAAAUUUGGACGCGGAAUUGAUGCACAAUGGGCAACAGAUAGCGCACCUGCACGCAACAUUGUAUGGAAAUGACGAAGGAACCCAGAUAGCCAACAUUCACUGUGCUCAGGGGGAACGAGUUUGGAUCCGCCACCUUCAAGGUGCUGCAGAUUCUAGAAGAAUGCCAGCUGGAUUUAGUUCCUUUUCAGGCGCCCUGCUUCACGCAGAUUCAUCUUGAAAUAACAGUGUAUGAGUAGUGUGCCAUAGUUGUGGAGAAGAAAUAAAAGAAUAUUUCAUU